AUGCCCUACUUCUUGACGCCAGGCAACCCGCAGAAGCCCGUCCCGGCGCGCCCUUCCGAGAUCUGCAUCGUCGAGCGCGCCCGUCGCGCUUGCCAACUGUGGCAAGAGCAGGAUUGCUUCAGCGGCGUCAACACGUUCAAGGAGGAUCGCUCCGACUUCACGGGAGUGAGAAUUGCUUGGGAGGCUUUUCUAACCGAGUUGCGAGAGUGGCAAUCGAAAGACAGACCGUUGAAGACACUCAUCUACCCAGCCCUUGGCGUGACCCGGGAGCAGCUCUUCUUCUACGCCCAGGCCAUCCCGUUCUGCGUGCCCUAUGAGUGGUCGCAACACAUGGAGCGUGACGUGCACUCGGCGCACCGUAUCCGCGUCAACAUGAUGCACAGCAACAUGGAGGAGUUUGCGGAGGCGUUCAACUGCAAGCCCGGCGACCGCAUGGUGCAACGGCCGACCUGCCCUUACUUC